AUGUCGACAAAUCCACCCCGCUAUCUUGGGAGUGCUUUUUACAACGCCCCACCAAUUGCUCUCUACCACACACAACCUUCAAGUGUCUACCUCACACCACCUCCUUUAAACAGCUACCCCCCCACGAAAUUUACCAACAACACAUACCUAGACCACCUCUUCAACACCCCAAUGCCCACCAAAAAAAUCAACUACAACGGCACCGCACCAAAAAUCUGCGCCCUCCACCACCUCGCCCCAGAACUGCGCCUACACAUCUACACCUACGCCUUCGAAACCGGUCGAGUGAGCCAGUACGGAAGCACCGCACUAAUCGAAGCCCUCGGUCCUUGCCGAGAUCUCCACCACGAAGCUCUCGCCUUGUACAGUGCGACGAAAAGCCUCUCGUUCUCCGUUGAGCAGCGGUAUUAUCUCUCGCCUCCCUGCGUGGAGCCCCUGUUUCUCUUGUCCGGUGGCGCAUUAGGUCUUUUAAAGAACCUCGUUUUUGAUAUGGGUGGUCAUAUGUAAGUUCCCUCCCCAUCCUCUCAUUCUUCCUACACUAACAAAAAUACCCCAGAAACACACAACACUUCUACCAAACCCUCCUCCCAAAACUCACCACCACCCUCCAACAAAUCCCGCACCUCCACUCCAUCUCCAUCUCCGCCAGCAUGUCGCACUCCCAAAGUGAACUCCUAGACGCCCUCUGCCAUAGCCUCCUCAGCGCCGUAGGAACCACCCAGGACCUCCGCACACUACGAAUCCACUACCAGCAUCCGCACCAAAACUUCGCUGCCACCAUCCGUGAAGACCAGAUAUGUAUGCGGCGCACGCGCGAGUGGGUUUCUGCGCGUCUGAGCGAGAUCCAUGGGGGUGGGCGGUGGAAAUGGGUGGAGACGGUGCAGGAGGGAAGCGAUGUACUGCGUGUUACGUGGAUGUUAGUUCUUGUUGGGGAGAAGGGGGAAUUUCAGUGGGAGGUGCCGACGUUGAAGGGGUGGCCUGGGCAGAAUAAAGUAAGAACGACGCGUAGAAUCAUUUGA